AUGGUGUGGCGCGGCCGGCGGCGGCGGCGACGACGGGGGGCGGCGGCGGCGGCAGCACCAGCGGCUGGCCCGGUGGCGAGCCGCGUCAAGAAGCAGAUACCCAAGGAUGUGGCUGAUGUUUUUAACGCUCCCAGUGACAACGAAGAUUUCCUGGGAUUCCAAGAUGAUGCUUCUAGACAGAGGUUGUUGCCAGAGGACAGCUGUGCUAAUUUUGAUUCCUUGGAGUCAGAAAAAAAGGGGGUUCGAUUGCAAUCCAGAUAUCUCACUGAAGAACUGCAGAAGAUUUUCACUGAAGACACUGACUCUGAAACAGACGUGUUUGAAGGCUUCACUUCAAGUGAGGUGGAUGUGAACAAGAAAGGAGUCCUGGUGGAGGAGUUGGACGUGAAUGAUGAAGAAUGCAAUAACUUAUUGGGUAGUGAGGAAGAAGAGGAGGAAGAGGCAAAGAGGAAAGUUUCCCCUAAGAGAAGAAGCUUUGGCCUUCGUGUUGCCUUGCAGUUUCCCACCAGAAAGUCAUCUGAGAAAAAAGUGCCUGAAAAGGCUUUUUCUGACUUGCCUCUAAAGGACGGUGAACCUCUCACACCUUGUUCAAAAGAAAUAAGCUGCAAGCGGUGGGACAAACUAGAGGGCUCUGCUUCAGAGUCUGAAGAAGACAUUAAAGAAACACAGGAGGAAAACUCCAGUGCUCUGCUUAAGAGAGCUAUGAAUAUUAAAGAAAAUAAAGCCAUGCUUGCCCAGCUGCUGGCAGAACUGAAUUCCAUACCUGACCUAUUCCCAGUGAAAACACCAACCUCAACUCCUUCGAAACAGAAGAAAAUCCCAAGGAGGACGUUUUCUGAAGGCCAGAUAACACGCCGCAUGAACCCGACCAGAAAUGCUCGUCCACCAGAAAACUUUGCCUUGGAAAAAUUUACUGUGUCAGCUGCCAAGUUUGCAGAGCACCUGCAGAGCUAUAGACACAGGAAGGCAGUGGGGCUGAAUUGUGGAGUGCGCAAAAGGAGGCGAUCAUCAAAGUAUUCAACUCAGCGUCCAGUAGAGGAUAUUACUGAGGAGGACUUGGACAACAUUGCAAUCACUGUUAAAGACAAAAUCUAUGACAAAGUUCUGGGUAGUACUUGCCACCAGUGUCGACAAAAGACAAUUGAUACAAAGACAAUCUGUCGCAAGCAGGGCUGUGGAGGAGUAAGGGGGCAGUUUUGUGGCCCUUGUCUUCGAAACCGCUAUGGAGAAGAUGUGAAAUCAGCACUGCUUGAUCCAGCCUGGAUCUGUCCUCCUUGUCGUGGGGUGUGCAACUGCAGCUACUGCCGCCGGCGGGACGGGCGCUGUGCCACAGGCAUGCUCAUCCACUUGGCCAAGUUCUACGGCUAUGACAAUGUUAAGGAGUACCUGGAAAGUUUACAAAAACAACUGGCGGAUGACAAGUGAGAACACAGAACUCCAGCUGUGCCUGCCACUGGUUCAUAUGUUGAUAAAGGUUGACUUCAAAAGGUUAUUUGCUAUAUUUUAUGUAAGAUAGAGUUGUAGAAGAUAGUAUAUGCAUUCUGCAUUGGCAACUUUUUAAUGACUGUGGUCUUAUGCAAAAGAUCUCUCAGGAAAAGGUUUUGGUAGAGAAAUCUACGUGCACAGACCGAUUCGUUAAGUGAAAUGGCACUCUUGAGCCUACAGCGGUUCAUUUUUAGUGGAGCUACACAACCACAUGAUGGAGAACUUGGUCAAUUUGAGCAAUAUUUGUAUUUAUAUAAUUAUGCAAGCUUGCAGAAAGAGUGCUUGACAACUACCUGUAAAGCAUACCCUGCCUAUUAAGGAACAAAAACUUCCUUGUGUAACAACUAGACCACAAAGAUUCAGUUUCCUAGCCCUUGCUUUUUGAAUCUAUUCCUCCAUCUCUGGUUCAUGUAAAGAAGGGAAGGGUACUUUCAUCUGAAUGCCAUUAUAUUCCAGCCAAAGCUGAUGCAACCUACCAGUGGGAGAGUGAUUGUUUUUUAUUCCAAAGUGCAAUUAGUCACUGAAACAUGGAAGUGGAAGAGUGUUUUAUAAAGAUUUUAAAUAUCACCCCAAUGAAGAAAAAGAAUUCCUCGCUAUAGCAGAUUGUGUGAUGCACUUGCUGCUUGACCCAACUCUCUGAGUUGGCAGUCAUGCCUGGUUAAAUGGUUUCCAUCACAAAGUUCAGGCUUUA